UUUCUUUGAGCCAAUGUUCAGGGCAGCGCCAUAUUGACAAUAGGCGGCUGCGUUUAUAGUGAAAUGGAGUUGUUUUAAUGUGCAAAGCUACGAAAGGUGUUGUUAAGCGCGAUGGAGGACGUUUCUGCGAACUGUCCACCCAAAUCUGUGUCAAUCUAGUGGGACUAAGUGCAGUGUUUUUCGUCCCGAAUUUGUCCGGAACGGUCACUGGGAACGUAACCAGAAUUGUUACUGGUAUUCGUUAAUCCCCUUAACAGUUCGAACUAGAGGCUUCUUCAAUCUAGUUAACGAUAAUAAGAUUAAAUUCAGGGCUAACACGACUAUAAGAGCAUGUCAUCGGUCAAAUUUAAUCACCACACCCAGCUUACUACGAUGGUGGCCGCUAUGGGAAGUGUCAAAUUGUAGGUGUGUUUUUUGUGCAAUAGAACGGCGUGGAUGUCAAUCGUGGCCCCAUCAAGUCCUCGACCAUGCAGUGUUGUCAGUCAGAUGAGGCUCGGGAACAAAAAAGAAUCAACGCGGAAAUCGAAAAACAGCUCCGCAGAGACAAACGAGAUGCCCGACGAGAGCUCAAGUUGCUCCUUCUCGGAACUGGAGAAUCGGGCAAAUCAACUUUCAUCAAACAGAUGCGAAUUAUCCAUGGAGCAGGUUAUUCAGAUGAGGAUAAACGAGGGUUCAUCAAACUUGUUUUUCAAAACAUAUUCAUGGCAAUGCAAAGCAUGAUAAAGGCCAUGGAUCUCUUGAAAAUUCAGUAUGGAUCCCCUGGCAGUCAGGAUCAAGCAGAAUUAAUCAAGAGUAUUGACUAUGAGACAGUGACUACAUUUGAGAGUCCCUAUGUAGAAGCUAUCAAAGACCUUUGGAACGAUGCAGGCAUCCAAGAAUGUUAUGAUAGACGCAGGGAGUAUCAACUCACUGAUUCUGCGAAAUAUUAUCUUAGCGACCUGGAACGAAUUAGAGCUCCCGAUUACCUGCCCACCGAACAGGAUAUCCUGAGGGCGCGAGCGCCGACUACGGGCAUCAUAGAAUACCCAUUCGAUCUCGACUCCAUUAUAUUUAGGUACGUGUUGAUAAUUAUUGCACGUACUUCCAUUAUAUUUUUAGUAGCUUUAAGCGAAUAUGACCAGAUCUUAUUCGAAUCAGAAAACGAGAAUCGUAUGGAGGAAUCGAAGGCACUUUUCAAAACCAUUAUUACCUAUCCUUGGUUCCAGCAUUCAUCUGUAAUAUUAUUUUUGAACAAAAAGGAUCUGCUAGAAGAAAAAAUCAUGUAUUCACAUCUGGUUGACUACUUUCCUGAAUACGAAGGUCCUCAACGAGAUGCGAUCGCAGCUAGAGAAUUUAUCUUGAGAAUGUUUGUAGACCUGAAUCCUGAUAGUGAAAAAAUUAUAUACUCCCACUUUACAUGCGCCACAGACACUGAAAACAUUAAACUCGUGUUCUGUGCUGUCAAAGAUACAAUCAUGCAAACUGCGCUAAAAGAGUUCAAUUUAGCCUAGUUUGAAGGUAAUGGU